AUGGCGCGCAGAAUCAGCAAAGGAAACCUAUCAAAAGAUGGAGAAGUAACCUUGCGAUUGGGGCCCGCAUCUUCCGCCCAAGCUUGCAAGGCGCUAUAUCGUUGUUUGGUCGGUGGCCAAAUUGUACUUCAGCUCCUACAACGCGGUCAGGCGCCGUCGUCAAUUCGUAUCAUUGACUUUGUUCCACCAACACGGGACGAACUCCAGACCCCUAUGGCCAAAGACGUGGAAUUUGCUCAAACGGACAUCUCGUCUGAAGCCUCUACUCUUGCCGCAUUCAAGAAGCCGUGGCAAGCAAUAUCUGCCAAGCUCCCCUUAACUGUCUUUCAUACUGCCGCUGCCAUCCGACCUUCAGAACGUCAUCCUUUGGUGUACCACCGCCAUGCCCGUGUCAACGUCGGCGGAACCGCUAAUGUGCUUUCUGCUGCGAAAAGCGCUGGAGCCGACAUCUUCAUCUUCACCUCGUCCUGCUCUGUGGCACUCCGUCCCGUGACCUGGUUCAGCCCGUUGUGGCGACGUUGUCCGACAAACAUUGUCCAGACGAUGACUGAAGAUGACUUCUCUGCCCCAUUGCGACCGCGCGAAGAUUUUCCCUCCAACUAUGCGCGUAGCAAAGCCGAGGCUGAACGUCAUGUCUGCGCAGCUGACUCUCCUGUCUCGGGCCUGCGUACCGGUGCCAUCCGACCUGGCAACAGCAUCUAUGGCGGCGCGGGUGACUUCCUCGUUAGUGCCACCUUGAAUCUUCCAUCCCUUCCUACCUGCACAGCUCCUUGGGUACAAAAUUGGGCUCACGCAAGCAACGUCUCCCUCGCUCAUUUACUGCUCGAAGCCGCGUUGCUGGGGCCCCAUGUGGACAAGGCACGUAUUGCUAGUCGGCCCUUUCUUGUCACCGAUGCGGGACCCCCCUUGCGCUUCGAUGACUUUUACACUGCCAUGAAGGCCGUGGCCGCCACAUUUCCGACCGUCCGAUACCCUCCGCCCGUUCUUAUGAUGGCCAUUGCGCGGAUCAUCGAACUUUGGUGUGUGACGCUAUGGAAAUCGCCAUUUUUGGCCCGUUUGGGCAUGAGGGAGCCGAAGAAUCCUCUGUACUUGCUGCAACCAGCAUGCUUCACAGCGGCUGUGAACUGCCUCAUUGACGACUCGGCGGCAAAGAGGCCGGUCGAGGAGGGUGGCAUCGGAUACCAGGCGCGAUGCACGACUCUGGAGGGGAUCUGCAUGCAGCUGUUGCACUUGAACCGUUCGGUCCCAAACAAACGAGUGAAUGGAAAAGAAGCAACGAGAAGUAUCUUGAAGGAUGUGAUUGAGGUAAGAGCGGAACCUGCUGCAGGGGUUGCUUGA